GCCGCUGAGGGCAGGGAGGGUUUACGUACCAAAGGACUACUCUAGUUGCUCAGGUUAUCUGUUUUCCAACCUAAAGCCCGUCGGUUUGCUCCUAGACAGCGAACACAGAAUAAAUACACGCUGUUGGAUAAGUGUUUUAACAGGUUGCUCUUUGAAUUUGUUCAUCAGGCGGACGGCCCCGACCUCCACGUUAAGUGUCCUCUGGAGCUUAGUUGGAGAGCCAUGGCCCUGCAGGCAUCUCCUUUUCCCAAUGAGUUUGCCUCAGGCUUACACGCCAUAGGAUGGGCAUUAAUCCUGCCUUGCUUCUGGUGCCUUAACCGUGUUAUUGCGGUGUGCAAGUCCACCACCCAGGAACAGAUCCAGCGAUAUGAGCAGGAAUGCUACCUCCACCCUCUCAAAGUGUUCUUCGGCUCCAUUUUGUUCUUCGUUCUUUUUCUCCUCACAGCGCCCCUGGCUCUCCUGGGCUUUCUUCUCUGGGCACCCCUUCAGGCCUGCCGGAGGCCUUUUUAUUACCACCGUGAGGUCCCAGCCAAACCUGAAAACGAGACAGACAGGGGCUUUGAGCUCACGGGGAAGGCAUCGUUUGGGUUUGCCACGGCCAACCUGUGUCUGCUGCCUGAAGGGCUGGCUCGCUUCAACAACCUGGGCCACACUCACCGCAGGGCGUCUGCCAUCGGCCAGCGCAUCGUGACGGGCGUGUGUCGGCCCAAUAUCAGGAUCUUCGUGGACUCCCCCAGCAGCUGCGGUACCCUCAGCCCCUCCAACAGCAUUCUCCCCGCAGCCAACUCCAACACAUAUGGAGCCACAGAUAGACAGCCUCCGCGUCCGGUGUGCCACCACGCCGAAGCACAUGAUAGGCAGGUUCACGUCGUAUGCGUGUCCUGUGACGAUGCGGAAGAACCGUCUCCCGUCCUCAAUUCCAAUCAGAACUCCAACCAGCAGGGCCGUCCCAGCCACCGGAGCGCUCCCCGAGCUUUCCUGUCUCAAGGCCUCCGCCAGCGGGGCGAUGAACCCUGGGAGGUGUCGUCACUGUUCCCCGCCAACAUUGACAUACUGUGCCUGGAAGAGGUGUUUGACAAGAAAGCGGCGCAGAAGCUCACGGAUAUACUAAAACCAGUGUUUGGACACAUACUGUACGACGUUGGCGUGUAUGCCUGCCAGCCGCCAUGCAUGUGCUCCUCUUUCAAGUUCUUCAACAGCGGCCUGUUCCUGGCCAGCAGGUUCCCCGUGCUCCAGGCGCAGUACCACUGCUUCCCAAAUAGCCGCGGGGAGGAUGCGCUGGCUGCCAAGGGUCUCCUCUCUGCUAAGGUUUUAAUCGGGCAGAAUCGAAAACAGAAGAAAGUGGUCGGAUAUUUUAACUGCACACAUCUUCAUGCACCAGAGGGGGAAGGAGAAAUUCGCUGUGAGCAGCUGAACAUGGUUACCAAGUGGACUGCUGAUUUCCAGGCUGAGAACAAACAGCCGGAUGAGGAGGUUGUUUUUGAUGUGCUCUGCGGGGAUUUUAACUUCGAUAACUGUUCACCUGAUGACCACCUAGAACAGAAUCAUCGUCUGUUUGACGACUACAGAGACCCAUGCAGAGCAGGGCCUGGGAAAGAGAAGCCCUGGGUCAUUGGUACUCUCCUGGAGCAGCCAACUCUCUAUGAAGAUGAUGUGAACACUCCAGCAAAUCUACAAAGAACUUUAGAAAGUGAGGAGCUGAGGAGGCAGUACAUCUCACCUCCGGUUCCUGCAGCGUACUCUCCCCUGGUGUACCCGGAGGAGGGCCAGCCUUGGAUUGGACGUCGCAUUGACUACAUCCUCUACCGUGAAAGCUCUAUUUCAAAACAGUGUCGAACAGAAAUUGAAGAGGUGAACUUUAUAACACAGCUGGCUGGCCUUACGGAUCAUAUUCCUGUGGGCUUAAGACUUCAUGUAACUAUGGAUGCUGAUGGAUGAGGAGAAUUUCUAAUGGCAGGAGCAAAAUGGACAAAAAUCUUUGCAGAUUCAAGCAGUUUCAUGCUUGGAUUUGUAAAUCCACCAGUCAGACUGGCGGAAGAUAUUUUUUUAUGGAUUUAUUGAGGUUUCAUAUGACAUCUUAUAUGACAAGUUAUAAUGAAAAUAAAAAGUGCUUUUCAGGCAGUGUGUAUUGAUUUUUGUAAAAUUAUAUAUUUUGGGGAUUUUCCACUGAAAAGAUUUCCAUUGGAAAUAAAUGAAAAGCGU